AUGUCAAACACCCCUUAUAAUUCAUCCGUGCCUUCCAUUGCAUCGAUGACCCAGUCUUCUGUCCAAAGAAGUCCCAACAUGCAUGGAGCAACUACCCCCGGUACCAAUGGUUCUAACUCCCCACCCUUACACAUGUCUUCAGAUUCCUCCAAGAUCAAAAGGAAGCGUAACAGAAUCCCGCUCAGUUGUACCAUCUGUCGGAAACGGAAAGUUAAGUGUGACAAGUUCAGACCGCACUGCCAGCAGUGUACUAAAACAGGGGUAGCUCAUCUCUGCCAUUACAUGGAGCAGACUUGGGCAGAAGAGGCAGAAAAAGAACUAUUGAAGGACAAUGAGUUAAAGAAGCUGAGAGAGCGGGUAAAAUCGUUGGAAAAAACUCUUUCCAAGGUGCAUUCUUCCCCUUCCUCGAACUCUUUGAAGAGCUAUAACACACCCGAGAGCAGCAACCUCUUUAUAGGCAGUGAUGAAAAUACAGCCCUUGUUAACACAAACAUGGGCUCUGCGUCUUCUGUGUCGCAUAUUCCGCAGCAACAGCAACAGCAGCAUCAUCAAGAAUUCUCUAAAAGUGGAGAUGCUAACUCAAACUCGUCGACACUUUCUAUCUCCAAAAAGUAUGAUAACGAUGAGUUGGACUUAACCAAGGAUUUUGAUCUUUUACAUAUCAAGAGCAACGGUACCAUUCAUCUCGGUGCCACUCAUUGGUUGUCUAUCAUGAAAGGUGACCCUUAUCUAAAGCUUUUAUGGGGACAUAUAUUUGCUAUGAGGGAGAAACUAAAUGAAUGGUACUACCAAAAAAAUUCUUAUUCGAAACUGAAGUCAAGCAAAUGUCCGAUCACUCACGCACAAGUACCUUCUUCCGCAGCGGCUGCUACUAAUACUAAUACUAGAAAAUGUCCUGUUGAUCAUGCCGCUUUUGCGUCCGGAAUGAUGGCUUCAAAAGAGGAGACACCUGUUUCAAGGAAAUGUCCCGUUGACCACACGAUGUUCUCUUCGGGAAUGGUUCCCCCCAGAGAGGAUACUUCCUCCCAAAAGAGAUGUCCCGUUGACCACACAAUGUAUUCUGCAGGAAUGAUUCCUCCCAGGGAGGAUACUUCCUCCCAGAAAAGAUGCCCCGUUGACCACACAAUGUUCACUGCAGGAAUGAUGCCACCUAAAGAAGAGACUCCUUCCCCGUUUUCUACUAAACACAUGAUAGACCACAAUAAGCAUACAAUGAAUCCACCCCAAUCGAAAUGUCCCGUGGAUCAUAGAAACUACACGAAGGAUUUCCCCUCAGAUAUGGGAAAUUCUUCUCCCACCCUAACUGGUCGGUGCCCUAUUGACCAUUCAAAUAUGAAAAAUGCUACUGCUUUUCCAACAUCAUCUCAUAAUACUAUUCAGCAUCAUCAACCACAAUCUAGAUCUCAUUCUCGUUCUCAUCCUUCACAAAAGAGAAAGCAGGAUUCCUACAUGACAGAAUCCGAAGUCCUCGCAACACUUUGCGAGAUGUUACCACCAAAGCGCGUCAUCGCGUUGUUCAUUGAGAAAUUCUUUAAACAUUUAUACCCUGCCAUUCCAAUCUUAGAUGAACAGAAUUUCAAAAAUCAUGUGAAUCAAAUGCUUUCGCUAUCAUCGAUAAACCCCACUGUUAACAACUUCGGAAUGGGCAUGCCAUCAUCCUCUUCUUUGGAAAAUCAACCCAUAACACAAAUCAAUCUUCCAAAACUCUCCGAUUCUUGUAAUUUAGGUAUUCUGAUAAUAAUCUUGAGGUUGACAUGGCUAUCCAUACCUUCGAACUCCUGCGACGUUGACUUGGGCGAAGAAAGCGGAUCAUUCUUAGUACCUAACGAAUCGAGCAGUAUGUCAGCAUCUGCGCUGACUUCAAUGGCCAAGGAGGAAUCUCUUUUGCUAAAAUAUGAAACACCAGUCGAGGCUCUAGAACUAUGUCAAAAGUACUUAAUUAAAUUUGAUGAACUUUCUAGUAUAUCCAACAACAAUGUUAAUUUAACCACAGUACAAUUUGCCAUAUUCUACAACUUUUACAUGAAAAGCGCGUCAAAUGAUUUGACUACAUUGACAAAUACCAAUAACACCGGUAUAGCCAAUCCUGGUCAUGAUUCUGAGUCGCAUCAGAUUCUACUCUCCAACAUCACUCAAAUGGCAUUUAGUUGCGGGUUGCAUAGGGACCCUGAUAAUUUUCCUCAACUAAACGCUACCAUUCCCACAACUACUCAAGAUAUGCCCAACAAUGGCAACAAAAAGAUGAACUCCAACACUAAUGCAAGUUUGAACAACAGCAUGACUGCUACCACAACCACCAAUAGCAGUAGCAGAUCUGGCAGCGCGGAUUCGAGAAGUGGAUCAAUCCCUGUAAGCAAGAAGGAAAAUCAAGUUAGUAUUGAAAGAUUUAAACAUACAUGGAGGAAAAUAUGGUACUACAUCGUUAGUAUGGACGUUAACCAAUCCCUCUCACUGGGGAGUCCUCGACUACUAAGGAAUUUGAGAGACUUUAGCGAUACAAAAUUACCAAGUGCUUCAAGAAUUGAUUAUGUUCGUGAUAUUAAGGAGUUAAUCAUUGUGAAGAAUUUUACUCUUUUUUUCCAAAUUGAUCUAUGUAUCAUUGCUGUGUUAAAUCACAUUCUGAAUGUUUCUUUGGCAAGAAGCGUGAGAAAAUUCGAAUUAGAUUCAUUGAUUAAUCUGUUAAAGAACUUGACUUAUGGAACUGAGAACGUCAAUGAUGUGGUGAGCUCUUUGAUUAAUAAAGGCUUGUUACCUACUUCAGAAGGUGGCUCUGUAGAUUCAAAUAGUGAUGAAAUUUAUGGCCUACCGAAACUACCCGAUAUUCUAAAUCAUGGUCAACAUAAUCAGAAUUUAUAUGCUGAUGGCAGAGCUGCCUCUAGUAGUGAUAUAGACAAGAAAUUAGACUUGCCUCAUGAAUCUACAACGAGAGCUUUAUUUUUCUCGAAACACAUGACAAUUAGAAUGCUGCUAUACUUAUUGAACUACAUUUUAUUUACUCAUUACGAACCAAUGGGUAGUGAAGACCCUGGAACUAAUAUCUUGGCCAAAGAGUACGCUCAAGAAGCUUUGAACUUUGCCAUGGAUGGAUACAGGAAUUGUAUGAUUUUUUUCAAUAACAUUAGGAACACCAAUUCAUUAUUUGAUUACAUGAAUGUUAUUCUGUCUUACCCUUGUUUGGAUAUCGGUCACCGUUCUCUACAGUUCAUUGUUUGUUUGAUUUUAAGAGCAAAGUGUGGCCCAUUGACCGGUAUGCGUGAAUCGUCUAUCAUUACCAAUGGUACAUCAAGUGGAUUUAAUAGUUCAGUGGAAGAUGAGGACGUUAAGAUUAAGCAAGAGUCUUCUGAUGAACUGAAGAAAGACGAUUUUAUGAAAGAUGUCAAUCUGGAUUCAGGUGAUUCGUUAGCCGAAAUUUUAAUGUCAAGAAUGCUGCUAUUCCAAAAACUAACAAAACAGUUGUCUAAAAAAUACAAUUACGCUAUUCGUAUGAAUAAAUCUACUGGAUUUUUCGUCUCUUUAUUAGAUACGCCUUCGAAGAAAUCGGAUUCUAAGUCAGGUAAUGGUUCGUUCAUGUUGGGUAAUUGGAAGCAUCCAAAGGUUUCUAAUAUGAGCGGGUUUCUUGCGGGCGAUAAAGACCAAUUACAAAGAUGUCCUGUGUAUCAAGAUGCACUAGGGUUUGUCAGUCCGCCUGGUACAAAUGAAGGUUCUGCUCCAAUUCAAGGCUUAGCAUUACAGAAUUCAACUGCUAGGAUGGGCGGGACUCAGUUACCACCUAUCAGAUCGUACAAACCCAUCACGUAUACUAGUAGUAAUUUGCGUCGUAUGAAAGAAACAGGUGAAGCAGAAGCUAAGAGAAGAAGAUUUAAUGAUGGGUAUGUUGAUAACAACGAAAUACCUAGAGGAAUAAGCCCGAAACCUUCAAGUGGGUUGUCAUCGGUGCAACCACUUUUGUCAUCCUUUUCUAUGAACCAGCUAGGCGGAAAUACCAUACCAACAGUGCCAUCGUUGACUAACAUUACUUCUCAAAUGGGUGCUUUACCUUCCUUGGAUAGAAUAACCACUAGCCAGAUAAAUUUGCCAGAUCCAUCCAGAGAUGAGGCAUUUGAUAACUCCAUCAAGCAAAUGACACCUAUUACGAAUGCUUUCAUGAAUAAUAAUAAUUCAAUUCCAAGCUCUACCAUGAAUGGGAAUAUGAACGUUAGUGGAGCUGGAACUGCGAAUACAGAUACAAGUGUCAACGGCAGUGCUUUGUCGACGUUAACGAGUCCACAGAAUUCAGAUUUAGCAUCCAACUCUGCCACGCAAUAUAAUCCUGACUUAGAAGAUUUCUUGAUGCAAAACUCUAACUUUAAUGGACUGAUGAUAAAUCCUUCCAGUUUGGUAGAAGUUGUCGGUGGAUACAAUGAUCCUAAUAAUCUUGGAAGAAACGAUGCGGUUGAUUUUCUGCCUGUCGAUAAUGUAGAGAUUGAUGGACUAGUUGAUUUUUAUAGAGCAGAUUUUCCAAUCUGGGAAUAA